AUGAUCAGGGUCACAAAGGUCACACGAGCAGAUUUGAUUACUGUAAAGAGUAAAGCUGAAAUCGAACGCCGUCGUCGAGCUCGUAUGAAUUCUUCCAUGCAAGAACUGAAAAUUUUGUGCUUAGCGAAAUACCCGAAAAGUAACGCAAAAAUAGGCAAAACAGACGUUCUAAAAAUGACAGUCAAGCUUUUAAUUGAAAUUGGUAGUGAUGAACGAAAAGGUGCGGAGAAAAUGGCUUUUCAAGGUUUCCAAACUGGAUUUGAAACUGCACAACAAAUGACAACUUCGUAUAUCUACAGCUUAUUCCACAGUGACAUAUCAUCGCCGAUAGUGGCCUCGUUAAAUGCAUUUCUUGCACAAUUAUCAGAUAAAUCAUUGAAAUCAAUGAAAUGGUUGCGAUCAGUUUACGAAGUCACAAAAAAUAAGGACGAGAAGCAGUCAUCUGUUAACAGUACACCUACGACAAACUCGCAGACGCCUGUACAACGUGGCUUGAAACUGUUAUCUGAAUUGACUCCAGAUCAUAUUUCACACAUUCCACCGUUAUUUGAAUCACCGGAGAGCAAUGGUGUUCUAAAUUCGUCAUCAUUUUCUGAUUUAGCUCAUUCAAUAUCAUCAUUUCCUAGCCUCAGCAACCUUGGUGCAUUUACAUUAUCUGAAAGUAAUGAAAAUUCUGAAGCAAUUUGUGUCACUUGUGAAGGAAUCUGUAAUUGUAGUUGUAAGAAAAAAUUAUUUCAAACUCCAACGCACUCAUAA